AUGGGGGAGCUGUUUCUUUAUCUUGUUACCUUUCUAUUAUAUGUUAUCUUUCCAUUCUGUAGCAGCCAGGACAACUUAGUACCAGAGAAAUCUAUCAAUGCAAACCAGACCUUAACUUCUUCCAUUGAGACCUUUGCAUUAGGCUUUUUCAGUCCUGAACAUUCUACCAAUUACUUCCUUGGUAUAUGGUACAACACAGUCCCAAACACAGCAAUAAUAUGGGUUGCUAACAGAGAAUCCCCACUUGCUUCUCCGGGUGUUUUCACACUUGGUGACGAUGGAGAUCUGGUGGUGUUGGAUGAGGCUCGUAAAGUUAAGGUCUGGUCAUCUAAUGUACCGGUAUCUGCUGCUGCAAGGAAUGGCACAACAAGUUUACUAAUGGAUACUGGAAACCUUGUUUUGAGAUUUGGAGGAGACGCCUUGUGGGAGAGCUCCGAUCAUCCCUCGGAUACAAUGUUGCCUGGCAUGAAGAUUAGCUUGAACAAAAAGACUGGCCAACAAAGGCGCUUUACAUCCUGGGCAGAACUUCAUGAUCCACAGCCUGGAAAGUUCAUCUUAGGCAUUGAUCCUAAAAGGUCCUGGACAGCUUUUUAUCUGGAAGGAAAAUGCUUCUUAUGUGUUAAGGAUCCUGGUGGUUCCUUGAAGAGGUCUCUUGUAAUUGCAGUAGUCCAGCAACAGCAGGGUUGA